CUUUGUCAUGUGCGCAAAUUAAAUGUAACGGCCCAAGAAGUAUGGCGGGUAUGAAAAAACUUAGCAAGGCCCUUCAAAAAUGUCUGUCCAGAAAGGUCCAUGAAGCCCUGACUCAGCUUUUAGCAGAUGAAUUAUAAUAUGAAGUGGAGGAACGACCUAACAUCAUUACUUAAAAAUUUUCUCCAGCAAUAAAAUAGCAAACAUAAAUUUCUUUCAUAACUAAAAUGGUUUACAGAGGCCUCUGUGCAUGUAAAUUGGCUAAGGUGGACAAUGGCAAUGCAAAAUAGAUUUCCCAGCACAGGAUGUUGCAUCUUUUGCCUGGCUGCGAGUAGUUAUUUUUCAGUGGCACUUGCUAUUUUGCUCUUCAUAUUGUCUUUUGGACGCUCACCAACAUAUGAUCUUCAGACUAAUCACAUCAGUGCCACGGAGCAUAAUGUGGUACAAGAAAAAUAUUUGUGGAAGGCUCCAUCUAGUCGUGCUUUAGGCCCUUGUGUUCAUCCAACAAAUUCAUACACAGUUCCUCAAGAUUGGGGUAGGUACUUGCUGGUCCAAAGCAAUGGAGGACUGAAUCAAAUGCGAGCUGGGAUCUGUGAUAUGGUGGCAGUGGCACGGAUCAUGAAUGCCACACUUGUUAUCCCUAAGCUGGAUAAGCGAUCUUACUGGCAUGAUUCCAGUAUUUUCUCGGAUAUUUUUGAUCAAGAGCAUUUUAUCAAGACUCUUGAGGGAGAUGUGAAAAUCAUAAAAGAGCUACCCAAAGAGCUGGAAUCUACUCCAAAAGCUCGCAAACACUUCACAACCUGGUCAGGCCUGGCUUAUUAUCAAGAGAUGGGCCAUUUAUAUCAGGAGUAUAAGGUUAUUAAUGUUGCCAAAUCAGAUUCACGCCUCUCAAACAACAACUUGCCAGUAGAUCUUCAGAGACUGCGAUGUCGUGCAUUUUAUUAUGCCUUGCACUUUGCUCCCCCUAUUGAGUUGUUAGGAAAGAAGUUGGUGGAGAGGAUGAGAAGACAUGGACCUUAUAUUGCUCUUCAUUUACGUUAUGAGAAAGACAUGUUAGCUUUCACUGGCUGUACAUAUGGUCUGACAACUUCUGAGGCCGAGGAACUGACAACAAUAAGGGAAAAUACUAAUCACUGGAAAACUAAAAAGAUCAAUUCCACUGACCAAAGAAUUGGAGGAUACUGUCCACUUACACCGAAAGAAGUUGGGAUCUUUCUCCAAGCUCUUGGAUAUCCUCGAAAUACCUGGAUUUACAUAGCAGCUGGAGAGAUAUAUGGUGGUAGCAAACAUCUUGGAGAACUUCAAUAUCAUUUUCCAAAUUUAAUUUUCAAGGAGACACUUGCAACGCGAAAUGAACUUAAACCGUUUCUGAAUCAUGCCUCUCAAACAGCAGCCUUAGAUUAUAUCAUUUCAGUAGAAAGUAAUGUUUUUAUUCCUUCUUAUUCUGGAAACAUGGCAAGAGCUGUAGAAGGACACCGCAGGUUUCUUGGUCAUCGCAAGACAAUCAGCCCAGACAGGAAAGGGCUAGUUGCCUUGUUUCAGAAACUUGACAAGGGAGAGCUGCUGGAAGGUCCAGAAUUUUCACGAUUAGUAAUCGAGAUGCACAGACUGAGGCAAGGAGCUCCACGGAAAAGACAAGGUCCUUUACCAGGAGUUAAAGGUCGGGUUCGCUUUCGGACAGAAGAGAAUUUUUAUGAAAAUCCAUUUCCUGAAUGCAUUUGUAGACGGCAUCCUUCUUUUUAGAAGGAAUUUUCAGAUUCUUCAGGACUCAAUUUAUUCUUUAAUAUAGUUUGAGAAUCCCUCUUGAUAUUUCCCUCUCUCGACCUUCUGUAAUGAAUCUUCAAGUGUUUUCAAAAAGUUCAGGACCUUUGAGAGCUGGAACCAGUGGAGAUUUUUCCUUUGCAUUGGAUGACACACCUCAGUUAACCAAUAUAAGUAACACGAGGAAUACUAAUCAUGAUCUGAAGUAUUACAGAGGAAUAUUUAGCCUUAAAUUGGGUAAGUUUCUUGAGGCAAAAUGAAACCUAUGUUUACAUGAUUGCUGGAAAAGUAAUGCAAGCGGAGAAAACUGGGAAUGAGAAAGCUGCCUGGCAAUUUCAGGAAAAUUGAGAUAAAAAAGAGAAGCCAUUUUUUUUCUGGCUAUGACUCUGGCUGAUCCAAAGACUUCCCGUCUGGAACACAUGUAUUGUUUCAUAUUCUGAGUUUAUUUAUGCUCACGGCUUUAAUUAAACAGAUAA